GUCGGUCGACUCUGACAGAGCGGCAGUUGAGCGAGAGUCAGUCGAGGUGUCAGUUGAGUUCGUUUUUGGAUCGGUCAUGUCACGAGCAAGAGCGAUAAGUUUGCUAUUGACGCUAUAUUGGCUUUGUUUGAGCCGAGUUUGGGGCUACUACAGUCUGGAGGUGGGUGAUCCCUGUCCCACACAGGAUUAUCGCAGUAGCUGUCAGCCAGCGCCGAGUUGCAAAACUUUGAAGCAGUUCAUCGAGAGUAAAAGGUUGACGAGGGAGUCUGUGCUUAAUUGUGGCUUUACCAUAACCGAUGAGAAGAUAUGUUGCCCCCUCGAAACGGAACCAGUUCAAAUGCGUUCCUCACCAGAAAAUACAACAGCAACAACAACAACAACAACAACAGCAAGUCCACCCUGGCUUAGCAUAUUCAAUACAAAUCGAGAGUAUUUAGAGCGUUCUGUGCCCAUUAUGGAAUCUCACAAUCCGGAGAGCAUUGUCCCUCCGAGCAGAUCCACAGGAAAUGAUGAUGCCUGUCAGGCGCCUCUCUAUGAGGGCGAUUGUAUGCCCGUCUCCAAAUGUAGCAGCAUUGAUAUCUUGUUGAGUCAGCAGCGUCUGCGCAAUGAAGAUGUCUACACCUGCCGAGCCGGCACCACGGAGGAGAUCAUCUGCUGUCCCAUUAGCGUGCCACUGCAGCCUCGUGCCCAAAUUGGGACUGAAACACGUGUGGGCAUCCAGCCGACGCCGGUUGAGGUUCUUCAAAAGUCGUCAAAAGGUUUUAACCAGGGCAUUGAGCAGGCUGUACCGGCGACUGCAACUGCCGUGGAGCUGUUGGUCCAGUACAAGUAUCUGGCGGCAUUGGCAUAUCCAAAUGCCCGCUUCGAUGGUCAUUUGCAUCGUUGCACGGCAAUAUUGUUGGCGUCACAAUUGCUGCUUACCUCCGCCGGAUGUGGGCGUCCCAGUCAUGCGGUUUUUGGUGUGGCGGAUUUACAGGAUGUGGAUGAAGAGGAUGACGAUCUGGUGGACAUUGCAAAUAUUUCAGUUUAUCGCAAGGAUUUGGCGCUAAUGCGUCUGCCACAGCCUCAUCAAGGGGAACAGGCUUCCGUCUGUAGUUCCUAUGAGCAGACACGUUGGCAGACCACAGGACAUCUUGUUGCCAGCGGCUGGGCCAAGGGCAAUGAUAGCGAUUGUCCGCUCUAUGAGCUGCCAAUGCGCCUGUUGCCCUCAGACGCCUGUAAGGACAUAGCCAACUCUGAAGGCAUACAGGAUUUGCCCUCCAGGCAUAUGUGUGUGGAGCCCAUGAAUCCUGCCUUAUUACGUGCCACAAAUUCCAGUUCGUGUGUUCCAUGUCCUUCCGCUGUUGGGAGUGUCCUUCACUUACUGAGUGCGAAUGGCAGUCGUUGUGUUUUGGGCGUUGCCUCGCCCACUGGCGAUAAUUGUCAUGCCGACGUUAUGUACUAUACGAGUCUUGUGGAUCGACAGCUCUUUAAAUUUGUCGAAGAUCUGCGACUGAUGCCUUAAAAAAAGCGAGGCAAAGAUUUGAAGCGUUUUUUGUAAUGCUUUUAAAUGUGAUUUUUUUUCUUGAUUUUCCUUUAAAUGUAUAAAUUCACAAUUUGUUCUCAAUUUAAUCCCAGUGGGCACCAGUGUGUGCACACCGACAAAUUCAUAUUUUAUCUAGGCUAAAAAAUAAAAUAAUUAAAAUAUAAA